UGUUUGUCAGUUUAAUUUUUGUUUUUUUUUGCAAGCAAACGUUUGAGUUUGUGUUGCACACGCCCAAAAGUUUAGAAUUCGUCAAAUAAUGCUAUUAUAACAAAAGUUUUAACUUUUUUGUUUAAUUUUGUGUUUGUUUUUGUUUCGUUUUUGUAUUAUGUCUGUUACCACAAGUGGAGAGAACUUGGCUUCUGACAACCAGAGCUGCGAUGGCGGAUCCAUGUGCCUGGAACUGGCGUUGGAGGGCGAGCGUCUCUGCAAGGCUGGCGACUGCCGCGCCGGGGUGGCCUUCUUCCAAGCAGCCAUCCAAGCCGGCACUGAUGACCUGCGCACCCUCUCAGCCAUAUACAGCCAGCUGGGCAACGCUUACUUCUACCUGGGGGAUUACAAUAAGGCCAUGCAGUUCCAUAAGCUCGACUUGACGUUGGCUAGAACGAUGGGCGACAAGCUCGGAGAAGCCAAGGCAUCAGGGAACCUCGGAAACACACUCAAGGUCAUGGGCAAGUUCGCCGAAGCCAUCCAAUGCUGCAAGAGGCAUCUGGACAUAUCGCGGGAGCUUGGCGACAGGCUGAGCGAAGGCAGAGCCCUCUACAACUUGGGCAACGUGUACCAUGCCCAGGGCAAGCAGCUGGGCAGGGUUGGGCAGAAUGACCCCGGCCAUUUCCCGCAAGAAGUGCGCGAGUGUCUGCAUCAGGCUGUCGCUUUUUAUGAAGAGAACCUCGAGCUCAUGCGAACGCUGGGCGACCGGCAGGCCCAAGGCCGGGCGUGCGGCAACCUGGGCAACACCUGCUACCUGCUAGGAGACUUCACGAGAGCCAUAAAGUACCACACGGAGCGCCUGCAGAUAGCCAAGGAGUUCGGAGACAGAGCCGCGGAGAGAAGAGCCAAUAGCAACCUCGGCAACUCGCACAUAUUCUUGGGACAGUUCGAGAAUGCCGCCGAGCAUUACAAACGCACUCUCGGGCUCGCUGAAGAACUAGGCGACGCGGCGGUCGAGGCGCAGGCGUGCUACUCUCUGGGCAACACCUACACCUUGCUGCGGGAGUACCGCACGGCUGAGGAGUACCACGCGAGGCACCUCGCCGCCGCCAGGGCGCUCCACGACCGCGUCGGUGAAGGACGCGCUUGUUGGUCACUCGGGAACGCCCACGCGGCUUUAGGCAAUCAUGAAAAAGCACUAUACUAUGCCACCGAACAUUAUAACAUCUCCAAGGAGCUGGGCGAUGCUCUUGGCAUGGCCACGGCUCAAAUGAACACAUCUGACCUGCGCAAAGUCCUCAAUCUCCCCGACGAGGAGAUCCCGCCGGCAGUCUGUGAUGAUGCCGGCUCGCCGCACACCCCCUUCAAUGCUCUCCGGGUGAGACGACAAAGCAUGGAGCAACUCUCGCUAAUACAGAUAACUCCCGACGGGAAGCGGGACGCGAUGGCGUCCAAAAAGCCCGACAAAGGUCGGGCGGACUCCGAGGAUAAUCCUCAGGAGUCCUUCUUCAACCUCCUCACGAGGUGCCAGUCGGCCCGCAUGGAGGACCAGCGGGCCACCCUGCACUCCAACAAGGAGAACAGGAUGAAGGAAGCGGCCAAGCGCGCCGCCGCCGGCGGACAAGACAACUCGUCUUCCGCCGCGCAGACCACGGACAAGACCGGCGCGGGCGCCACGCCCGCCGCCACAGGACCCAAGAGCGAGACACUCGUUCUCAGGGGCGCAGCCAGCGCCGCCCCUGAGGACGAGUUCUUGGAUAUGCUGGCGCGUGUCCAAGGCUCCCGAUUGGAGGACCAACGUUCAGAACUGCCUCGGCCGAAGCCCGAGCCCGCUAAGACAGUGCCCGACGACGAUUUCUUCGCACUGCUAAUGCGCGCUCAGGCCGGCCGCAUGGAAGACCAGCGGGCUACGAUCCCCGCCCAGACCAGCAGUUCUCGCAAAGGAGGCUCCAAUCCCAAAAAGUAAAUCAACAUCUUACUUUACCGUAGGAACGAAAGACUCGACUUACACGUCUGGGAAACUUUACCGAAUGCCGGAUUCGUUUCGUGUAUUAUUAUAUGGCCUAUUAUAUACGGUUUUUACUGUUUCUUGGCCUAAAUAAUAAUAAAAUACACAUUUUAAAUACCAGAUACACUUUGCGUAUAUAUAUGUGGCCUAUUAUAUACAGUCUUUACUGUUUCUUGGCCUAAAUAAUAAUUAAAUACACCAUUUAAAAUAUUUUAGCUCUCAUACAAAUGAAACUUAGAUAAAAAAAUUAUGAUUUUGUUUGACGGUUCAACAUGAAUUCAUAUAUAUUUAGAACGGAAAUUAUUUUUUAUAUAAAUUAAUUUAAUUUAAAAAAAGGAUCCCGGACGUGUGACUCAAACCUAAUUUAUAAGAAUUACUUGUUUAAACAUACUACUUACUUAUAACUAUCCGUAAGAAAUUGUGGCUAACAUUAAGCCCAUAGUUAAUUAAGAUUAUAUAGGCCUGUUGAGGCAUAAACAUUUCCCAAUAUCUGCCACUAAUGUUUAAAGGUACUAUUUUUUAUUCACUACACAAUAACAAUGAGUAAAAAUUAGAGCAAAAUUAUAACUUAUUGGAAACAAAUAACUAUAUUUUUUUCAAAUAUCAAAGCACACUUUUAGUUGACUUUAGAUGACCUAAGUAAUAGUAGAUUAUAUUAAUAUUAAGGAAUAUGGAGCGUUGUUAUACAGUUGGUCACAGAGCGAUAUAAAAUGACUGGAUUGAAACUAGAGACUGUUGUAGUUGGAUAUUGAGUAGUCUGAACGUGAAGGAAUAAAUUAUUAGGUUAUAUUACAAUAAUACGUAGGAUUAAUAAUAUAUUAACUGGCAGGUCCCAAGUUUCUGUGCGUCUAUCCAUGUAGAUUACUGAUUAGUGACCAUCCAGAUUGAAAUGGUAUUCAAACUUGUAAGUUCUGCAGCCAUUGUGACUCUAAAUAAAAAUAUUUCAUAAUAGGACCUACCGAUAAAAACAUGUAUUAAAAGUAAUAAUUAUGCCGUUGACUAGUAAAUGCCACUCUUAUACUUACCCAUAUCGUUAUCUGUCCGUAAUCGUCCACUUUUGGAUAUAGGCCUCUUCUAAAAUGCGCCUAUUAAUAUAGACUAUGUAUUAAAUUAUUUAUAUACGUACUAUAUGUAUAAUGGGCCGUGUGGUGCCGGCGGAGUAGAAUAGCACCACCCCUCUACACUUCGGGUGUCGUAAGAGGCGACUAAUGACAGAGGUCCACCAUCUAGACCUCCUACCGUAGAAUACCCACCAGUGAUGCUUGAGCCAAUGUAGUUAUAGACACGAUUCAUUUUCAUCAAUCGGGACACUGUGUUUUUUUUAUCAGUUGGGAAUAUAGUGUUCCUAUUGGUCAAAAUGGAACGUGUCAAUCUAUGUCAAGCUAUCUGGUGGAUACUCAGCGGUAGUCCAAACACGAGUCCAAGAAAUAUUGUAUAACAACCAGAAGAUCUGGGCUCGUGUUUGAGUGAGGAAUGUUACGGGAAGUUGGAUGGUAAGGUUCGGAAUAUUGGAAUAGGAAUAUAACUUAACUUUGACUAACAUCCUGUCAAGGGACGGUGGGAGUGACAUAAGCUGGUGAUGGCUUUAACUUUAGUAUUGAGGAAAAUUCAAGUAGUUUCCCUACCGGUCUAAAUGGGAAGCGGAAUUUUAGGCAUUAAUGUUAGGUAGGGCCUGUUUCACAUGGCCACAAGUUUUAGGUGUAGUAUCAGUUUUGCCUGGCAGAAAGGUUUUUUUUACCGGAUAACCUAGUAUUUCUGAAUAGUUUAGAUAGUUUUUUGACAAAACACGUACAUAGUUGGUCAACAUCAAUAGUUUUUCAUCUCACCUGACUGUUUUAUUGAUUAAAUAUCUAAACUGUUCGGUAUCAUUAUAUUAUAACAUCUAGAUAUGCCACGGGAUAACUGUUGGUACAUCUGAAUUUAUUAACUUGUGUCCUUGUGAUGCAGACCCCAAAAGUAAAGCUAUCUAAAAUUUUAAUAUAGGAAAGUCAGCACGUAUUAGCAUUAAUUAAAUUAAAUUAAAUUAAAAAGUGAAUAGCGCUGUUAUCGGUGCCAAAAUAAGUAUCAAUGUAACGAUUAAGCUAGGAUAAUAAAUGUUAGCUUAGGUUUAAACUUCAUUUUUUAAAACAUUUUACUUUUCUGUUGAUAUGUAGGUAAUUGAAUUAAGUUUCAUUUAAUUAAAACUUUUGGGUUACAUUGUUAUGUUACGUUUAAUUUACAGUAUGUAUGUUAGUUCGUAAGGAAUAAGCGCACAAGCCAUAGGGCAAUUAUAUCUUAUAGUUAACAUAAUUAAGUAUAUAGAAGUAAAUCAGUAUGAUAAGCGGGGUUUACACUAGGAAUAAAAAUGGCAGAAGUGUGCCAAUUUAAUAUUACAAUGAAACAUUGAAAAUAGAAGUACGAUUAAAAUGGAAAUGCUGUAUUAUUGGGAAUCAGUUGAAAUUAAAUUAUGUAGAGUUGGGAUUCAGUAAAGACGCGAAAAAAGAUUUAACAGUUUGACCUUUAAGUUGCACAAGUGUUACUCUGCAUUUUUUGCUAGUGUAAACAUCGCUUUAGAGAUCAAAAAGUAGUUCCCAAACAUUGCAGAUAGUAUAACUAAGUUAUAAAGGUGGCCUCCUUUCAAAUCAAUUUGAAACAUUGUUCAGGCAACUUUUCUUAAGACAAAGAAACCUUUAAAUCAAAUAAUACUCUUUUAGGGCCACUUGCAAGAACAUAUUAAAUCUAGAUUUAGUGUCAAAUUUUAUAUGGACUGACGUGGGGCUUAGGGCCCCUUGCACCAACAAAUUAAAUCUAGAUUUAGUGUCAAAUGUCGAUUUAAGAAACGUCAGUCCAUAUAAAAUUUGACACUAAAUCGAGAUUUAACACUAAAUCUAGAUUUAAUAUGUUGGUGCAAGUGGCCCUUAGGGGAAAAGCUAAAUCUUAUUUAGUCCCUUUUGUUAUAUAACUGCAGUUAGGGCAGUUCGUAGAUAUAGUUGAAUGUAAAUUUCCAAAGUUGCGUAUGAAUUAUGAACCCGUAGUAUUUAUCUUAUAAUAAUGAAAAACUUAGAAAUAUUAAUGAAAUGUUGGUAUUUAUUAACUCCGACAUAUACAGAGGUUUAAUCUUAAUUGAAAUAACGCUAAAUAUAAGUAUAUUCAGUAAUGUUUUUUGUCACUUAGGUGGAUUAGUCAGCUGCUAAAUCAUGUUUUAUUUUGCUGUACACUUAGUAAGUGGUACACUAAAUAACGGGCAAGAAUCAUUGGUAUAAGUUCUUACGUUCAUAUUAUAAGGUACGGUUCACACCGCAUGCUCGCAUCUUACGGAUUAAUCAACGAAUAUUCACAUCACGGCAGUAGACAACUUCUUUAAAUAUAUAUUUUAUAUUUAAAUGUAUAUUUGAUAAUAAUCCUUAAAAUCCGUGCAUGUGUAUGCGUCCCUUAAGGCGGGGUAUUCACGAAUAACUACUCGUAUAGAUCCUCACUGCACCAUAAAGCUUUGGGAAUUAAGGCAACUUCCUCUAUUUAGUCAGUGCCCCGCCUUAAAUUAGGCUCAUAUAAACCUACUAAGAAUCUACUCUAUUUCUACUAUUAACCAUAAGUGUGUAGUAUUUAACUAGUAGAGAUAGAUGUUUUAGGUCGUGUUGUCUGGUCUGUAGUCUGCAACUGAAGCCGUAGGUUGCGUCUGACGGCUUGACGUAUAAAUGCUGACUAUGGAUUUACUUGUUGCAAUUUACGAAAUAAUGUCACCUGGGGGUCUAGAACAGGUUUGAUAGUUUGGCGAAAACUAUAAAAGUGUACGUUUUCUCGCAUACUAAGUGGCGCCUCUAGCGGAAACUAUCAUGAAACUUUUGACAGAUAAUAUAUGCAGAUGACAGGAGAAAAAGUAAACUUUUUUAGUUUUCAAAAAUAGCAAAUCCCAUACUAGAGGCCCUACGUACAUAAUCUGUCAAAAGUUUCAUGAUAGUUUCCGCUAGAGGCGCCACUAUCAAACCUGUACUAGUUGUCGUAAACGCACAACAACAAUGUUGCCGUCACACCAACCAUGACCUAAGUUAGUUGCAGACUGCUUCCCGGCUGCCGUAAAUUAUUAUUGUCAUAGUAAUGUAAUGAAAUAAUCUUAUCUCUUCCUGUUAUAGAUGAACUUUUUGCCGUAAACACUGUUUAUAGUCAAAUUUAGAUCGCAUCUGUCACCGGGAUAGACAAGAUAAUUUAAUUCAAAAAUAAAACUAGACUACACUUAUAAAAAUAUAAAAGGAAUUGAUUAAUAAAAUAAAUUCAAUCGAUAUUAAAAUUAGCAUUUCAUCAAAACAUCUUUAGGACUGUUAGCAGUUAGUAUAGGUAUUAUAAUAGUAGAUAUAAAUGUAUGUAGGGUUCCAUAACCAAUAGGUUUAUUAUGGCCGAAAUAACACCCCAGUAAGUUAACAUAGUAUAAUCACGUUUGUGCAAGAUUACGUUUCAGCUUUUAACUUAGUAAUUAAGUACCUAGAUAUUACCUAGUAUAUUAGAUAUAGAAUCACGAAUCUUCAAUCGUAUAUUGAAGACGUAGAACUGGUAAUGCACAUCGUGAAUUGAUUAUCAUCUAAUGUAAUAUUUAAUCAUGUGAGUAUGAUGACUCUGAGACAUCGAAUUUGUAAUGUUAGCCAAAAUUAAAUACUCUUUGUUAGGUAGUUAGUGGGCAUUAGGCCCUCUCUGUAUUUAUAAACUGACACGCAUAUAUCGCCGACAGUGUUCUUCAGCUAAACUUUACAUCCCAAUACACGGGUUCUAGAAUUAAAUUUAAAGAAAUAGCAUCACAGUUUAGAAAAAAUCACACGAUUUUACGCAACUUCAAAAGUAAAGUAGCUGUAGUGUGUGUUCUCACUACUUCUACAAGUUGAAUCUGAAUUCUGUAGUCAUUGUUAUUAUUAAUCUGUGUCUAAUUAAGUAAAUUUAACCCACUUUUUGUGUGAAACACAUGUUUUUGGUAAUAACAUAGCCGAUCUAGCUAGGUAACAUAGUUAGCAGGUAAUAAUUUACUAGUAUUUAUGUAACUAAUUUGGCCUAUAUUAUCUAAUCUUUGAGUGAAGGAAUUAAGUUGCACGUUGCACUUUAGUCAAAAGGGAUUCGGGUAUUUUUUUAUUCAAUCUAUUUUCUUGAUGCUUGAUUUAAGUAGAUUACAGUCCACCGUAAAUUCUGUUAUACAUUGUAUUCUAUUAUUAAUUAUUCUACUAUGCACUGUUUGUCAUAAACAUUAAGUACUCAUAUAUAACCAGUAGUUGAAUAGAUUAGAAUUAAUAAACACAUAUAACAACAAUA